AUUCGGUAGACGCGUUCCGUCACACUGUUAUAACGCGUCGCGCCCAGGCUUGAACGGAAGAAGCAACCGGGCUUGCCACUCUCCGACAACUUCGUGCUCAGCCCCCCUCUUGGUCUGACCUGGCAAGCUAUCGUCUGGCGUAGCGAAAAACUUUAAAUCGGGCAUAGACAAUGAAACCAUCACAAGAAGAAGUGGAGGACGAUCUUGCCGCUGAGGAGGAAAACAAGCUGAUCAACGAGGAAUACAAGACAUGGAAGAAGAAUGCCCCAUAUCUGUACGACGUCGUCAUUACGCACGCGUUAGAUUGGCCGAGCUUGACCUGCCAGUGGUUUCCCGACAAGGAGUCACCGCCCAACAAGCCUUAUACGACCCAUCGGCUACUCUUAGGUACCCACACGUCAGGUCAGGCCCAGGAUUACUUGCAGAUAGCGACCGUUCAACUUCCAAAGCGCGAUGAGAGCCCUUCCGCGGACAGGCUGGACCGCGCAGACUACGAUGACGAGCGGGGCGAGCUCGGCGGCCACUCUAUACCACCACAGCCGCGCAUCCAGAUCAUCCAGAAAAUCAAUCACGAGGGAGAAGUCAAUCGCGCACGGUAUAUGCCACAGAAUCCUGAUUUGAUUGCCACCAAAGCUGUGUCUGGUGAGGUUCUGGUGUUCGACCGUACAAAACAUUCAAGCGAGCCGGAGCGAGGCGGCGUGUGCAAGCCAGACAUACGAUUAGUGGGCCAAAAUAAAGAAGGAUUUGGGUUAGCUUGGAACCCAGUGAAGUCUGGGCAUAUCCUCGGUGCCUCGGAAGAUAUGACCGUGUGCCAUUGGGACAUCAACUCUUACACCAAGGCUAAAACCACCAUUGAGCCGACUACAGUGUUCAGAGGGCAUACAUCGGUUGUGGGAGACGUAGACUGGAAUUCAAAACAUGAGAAUGUGUUGGCCAGUGUAGGAGAUGAUAAGAUGCUGAUGAUCUGGGAUACACGAGCAUCAUCAGAACCAACGACUAAGGUCCAGGCGCACGAUCGCGAAAUUCUAGCUGUCGCAUUCAGUCCGGCCGUCGAGUAUCUGCUUCUUACAGGCAGCGCAGAUCAUACGAUCGUUCUGCAUGACAUGAGGUCGCCCACGAAACGGCUCCACACAUUUGAGUCUCAUACAGAUGAAGUCCUGCACCUAGCAUGGUCCCCUCACAACGCGACAAUAUUUGCCUCAGCAUCGAGUGAUAGGAGAAUCAAUGUGUGGGAUCUAUCGCAGAUUGGAGUGGAACAAACACCAGACGACCAAGAAGACGGACCGCCAGAACUUCUGUUCGUUCACGGAGGCCACACCGCGCGACCGACCGACUUCUGUUGGGCACCAGGAGAAGCAGAGGCUUGGACUGCAGCAAGCACAUCUGAGGACAACAUCGUAAUGGUAUGGCAGCCAACCAUGCACGUAUGGGCAGGGGAUGCCGUGAAGAUCGACGAGAGAGAACUCGAGGAACCGAUGGAAGGAGUCGAGAGUGUCGCCGAGGAUGCAUCUGGACCUAAGCGCAACAGUGCUGGUCCAUCUGGCGGCAGCAAAGAGGGUACUGACAGCUGAAGUUCAGACAAUAUAUUCAUGGUUUGUCAUAGCACCUUUAAAUGCGUAUUGCGACACGAUGUUUGAGGACUGUAGUGUCACUCGAUUAUGUUGCCUUUUAUACAAGCUAUACAGGACCGGUUGUAGGCAGGAGGAAACUAGUGGAACCAACCACGAUCUUCGGACAGCCUGUAGCGGAAAGCAAAGCCCUUUAAAGGAACAGUAAUCGAAGAAGCUCCAGAAUGACUAGACACAUGUUAGUGUGCAUUUCCGACG